AUGGACAAAGAUGGUUUUAGGCCCAGUGCUGAAGGACCAUCUCCAGAGAUGCUCUUCUCCUCACAAACGGCUGUUGCUGUGGUGAAAGCCAACUGUGGAGACUAUCUGAUCAGGUCAGACUUGGAUUCAGAGCGGACUCUGUACUACACUCUGCUGGGACAUGGGGCCAGUAAAGAUCCAGUGAACCUGUUUGUAGUGAAUGAGGCCACUGGACUGGUGUAUAUCCGAGGAGUACUGGACCGAGAGGAGAGGGAAACCUACAUUCUGACAGGAGUGGCCAGAUUUAAUAACGGCAGUGUGGCUGAAAGCAAAAUAGACCUGAGAUUUGAUGUGGAGGACGAGAAUGACAAUCCACCUAUUUUUGUCCCUGUACCUCCAGCAACAGUCAGAGAGUCCAGUCCUGAAGGGACUCUGGUUGGCAGAAUCACAGCUACUGAUGCAGACAAGGCCAACUGUUCUCAUUCAAAGAUUGCCUACAGACUUGUGAAGCAAGAGCCCUCUAAUGGCAGAGACCUCUUCUACAUAGACAGAGAAACUGGAUCCAUCUAUGUUAAAGAGAACUCUUUAGACAGAGAGACACACAGCUCCUACAUUUUAACAGUUCAUGGAACUGAUAUGGAUGGAAAACCUGAAGGCAACACAGGUACAGGGACCAUACAAGUCAAAGUAUUGGACAUCAACGAUAACCCACCCAAGCUGGAAAAAGAUGAGUAUGCAGGAAGCAUUAUGGAGAACACAGCCCACAUUGAGGUCAUGAGGUUCAAAGUGCUGGAUGAAGAUGAGGAGAAAACUGACAACUGGCAGGCUGUUUUUGAUAUUGUCACUGGAAAUGAAGGUGGAAUAUUCAGCAUAAAGACUGAUCCCAAAACCAACGAAGGCAUUCUGAUGCUUGAAAAGCCUGUUGAUUUUGAGGAAAAUCCCAAUAUCAAACUGGAAGUGGUGGUAUCCAAUGUUGCCCCAGGUGUGGGGGAUGGGGACGGCGAUAAUGGGAGUCAAGGAGGAGGCGGAGGAGGUGGAGAAGGAGAAACUGGAGGAGGUGGAGGUGGAGGUGGAGGAGGAGGAGGAGGAGGUGGAGGUGGAGGAAGAGGAGGAGGGGGAGGUCCCGUUGCAACUGGUGCAGGAGCAAAACUUUACCCAGUGAACAUCGCAGUGCUAAAUGAACCUGAGGGAGCCGCCUUCAGACCCAGAGUGAAACCCUUCCCUGUUUCAGAGAACCCAGAGGAUAAUCCAUUGAAAAAGCUGAUUGGUGUAUUCGCAGCCACUGACUCUGACACUGGACAGCCUGCAGAAAAUGUUCGAUAUGCCAAAGGAUAUGAUCCUGACAACUGGCUGUUGAUUGACCCAGAAACAGCAGAGAUCAGACUUCAAAAGGCCCCAAACAGAGAGUCCCCGUUCGUGAUUAAUGGAACUUACUACGCCGAAAUACUGAGUCUGAGUGAAGGCAUGCCUGUUAAGAUGGCCACCGGAACAAUAGCGUUGAAGGUGGGAGAUGCAAAUGAUAACUGCCCCACACUGACCAACCACGUGGAGUACACCUGCUCAGACACUAAAGUGAUCGAUGUUUCUGCAGUGGAUGAGGAUGGAGACCCAAACUCAGCCCCUUUCAGCUUCCGCCUUGCAGCCGAAAAAAGCCAGAAGGAGUGGAGGGUUGAACCUUUAAAUGACACCAGUGCAUCUCUUAGGGCUUUGAAAAUGCUGUGGCCCGGUCACUACCAGGUUGCCCUCAUAAUCCAGGACCAGCAGGGCUUCGCCUGCCGAGACCCUCAGAACCUGGUCAUACAUGUGUGCUCCUGUGACGAAGGAGAGACCUGCAGACCAGCAGGUGCAGAUGCUCGAGCAGCUUCUCUCAAGGAUUCCUCUUCUACAUUUGGAGGACUGGGAGUGGGAGCACUGAUCCUGGGACUUCUGAUGCUGCUGGCUGUAGGUUUAUUACUGAUGACCUGUUCAUUUGGAGAAGAUACGGGGAGUUUCUCUGAUUUUCCUUUUGAAACUCAAGAACAUUUGAUAAGUUAUCAUACUGAGGGCCAAAGCGAGAACAAGGAAAUCCCUCUGCUCAGCUUUCCAGUCCAGAUGAUGUCUGCUGUACCAGCCAACAUUGUAGCUUCCAAAACCAAAGACCACACAGCAAAUCUUGAGAUGGGCAAUGCCAACAAAAUGUACAUAUCCAGGUAUGGGGUCGACAGCAAAGGAUCCAGGAUCCAAAGCAGCUUUGGAGAAUCCAGAGAGACCCGGACAGAGUUUUACUCAAUGGAGGAACAACUGUUACAGUAUGACAGCAUGUAUAACAUUGCCCUCUCUGAUGAGAUACUGCAUCAGUACUACUCUCAGAAAGCGAGCUGUGCAGCAAACAAUCAGGCUGCGAGGGAUUGUCUGCUUGAGUUUGACUACGAGGGCCAGGGCUCCUCUGCCAGCUCAGUGGGCUGCUGCUGCCUUCUGGAGUCUAAUGACGACCUUCACUUCCUCGAUAACCUCGGGCUAAAGUUCAAGACUCUGGCUGACAUCUGUUCUCCUAGACCUGUGACACCUCAAAGUAUUGUCACCCCAGAGGUGGACAAAGUUGACCACAUUGUUGCGCCCUCAUUGGAGAUAACACCACACAGCAUCCUUAGCAAGAGCUCAGAGCAAAACCUAAAUGUCGGUAUCAACGAGUCAUCCUCUGGUGUUGUGGGCUUAAGCAAGACACCCACCAGCAGCAUGCAUGGGCAGUUUCCACACUUCACCAGCAGCAAAGCUCAGUCACCUGAUAUCAGUCCUGUUACCACAGCCAUGCUGCCAUCUGCGGCUCAGAUGCUUCUAUUACCGCAGCAGCCAGUCUACUACGCCACCAACCCCGCGAUGCAGCCAGUGCAUUACAUAGUCCAACCACAGCUUCAGAGCACAAUGCUGCUGGCUGAGGCACCUGUCAGCAACUCGCAGGGUGUGAUUCUGAACGGGGGAAACGCUGCUGGGACUUUAACUCUCAGUAGAACAAGAGCCAACAGAGUGAUGAAGGGGAACCAGGAGGUGGGAAUAUGGACAUUUUCUCAUUAA